CCUUGUCGCGAUGCAAGUGCCCCUCGACCGCGCCAACGCGCUGUUCGUCGACGAGGACUUUGACGGCGCGCUGGCGCAGUACAACGCCGCCGUCGCGGCCGAGCCGGACAGCGGCGAAGCGCUCGCCAAGCGCGCUGCGUGCAACCUCAAGCUCGGCCGGCACCGCGCCGCGGCGAGCGACGCCGCCGCCGCAUCGCACGUCGUCGUCUCGGUGCUCGCACGAAACGUGCCACCCGACGCCGCUGCGGUCUCUUUCGCUGACGCGGCCGCGGACGUGGCCAUCGAGCUUGGACCUGAUGCAGGCACCUACCGCCUAGCGCUCAGCCUCUUUGCGCGCGUCCGACCGGACGGCUGCUCCUUCCGUGUCAUGCCGUGGGAGCGGCUCGAGGGCGACGGCACCGGCGGCGCCACCGCCUUCAACACGGCCGCCGCGUCGGAUACGGCGCCGCGGACCGUGUACUCGGGCUCGCGGCGCGACUGGGACGCCAUUGACCGCGAGGUGACGCGCGCAGAGGAGGAGGAGAAGCCCGAGGGGGAGGAGGCGCUGAACAAGCUCUUCCAGCAGAUCUACGGCAACGCGUCCGAGGAGAGCCGCCGCCGCGGCGAGAGAGACACACACACAUCCACCAUCCACCGUGACAACAAUGGGGAGGCGCGGGAGACACGACGUGCGAUGAACAAGUCCUUCCAGACGUCGGGCGGCACGGUGCUCUCCACCAACUGGUCCGAGGUCAAGGAGAAGGACUACGAGAAAGAGCGGACGGCGCCCGACGGGCAGGAGUGGAAGAAGUGGGGGUAG